GCAAAGUUUAUUAUUUAACACACUAUUUUCACGAGCUAUAGAAAUACGGCAAGAUGAAUCCUCAGAAAUGUCACCAUCACUGUCAUCAAUGUCACUAUCAUUGUCAUCAAUGUCAUCAUCAUGAUCAUCAUCCAGUACCAAAAGAUGUGAUAGUUCUAGGUCACUACUGGCGAGAUUAUACUGGCGAAAUACCUGAAGACGCUUUCCCGGGUGGACAUGAUUCAAACAAUAAACCCAUCUACAUUGGUCAAGCAUUCUUAAAAGGUGGUGAAAUGAUACCGACAAGUAUUUAUCCUGGUCAAGCUGGUAUGAAAUUACCCUGUAACUGGAAAGCGAAUUAUUCUGACAUCGGCAUGAAAAUACUUUGUAGUUCAAACCCGGAUUCUCUUUCUUGGGAAAAUGUUACUGCUUCGAAUCUACAUUCGACUACAGCUGGCAAACAAUUAGUCGUUGGGGGAUUCCAAGAUAAGAACAAGUUCAUCGUUGGACGAGUAAAGCACGAAAAAGAACUACUCGUGGGGAAAGUGCUGGGGUACACCAAUGGAAGCGCCAAACUACACUUUGUUGGUGACGACAAGGAAAUUUCUGUUGAAUCAUACCAAGUUUUAAUACAAAGUUCCACAAAUAAUUGUUAGGUACUACAUUGGUACCAGUACAUUAAUUUUGUGUAUUACAUGUAUGGUUACCGAGAA